GGGUCAGAGCCGGGUUAAGUAGCCCAUCUUCUCCAUCCUAAAACCCUGAAAACCCUCUGUGACUCGUGCAAGUCGACUAAACAACAAAGAACCAUGAAAUGAACAGAUUAAGGCAAGGCAAACAAAACAGACGAAGAUCAAAUGUUUGCUGCGAGGAACAUUCAAAAGCAUUUCUUCAACUUCAAAACCCUCUCCAAUCCUCUCUAUAAGAAUGUUGCAUUAUUGAAGGAUGCUUCACCUAAAUUGGUGCUAUCCAAUGUGAUUCAACUGAGUACUUUGUUUUCUGAUGACAACCCUUCCUCAUUUAAGCGAUUGACUCAUCCCGUCAGUGGGUGGUCUCGUGCAAUGUCCACUUCAAGAAGGGGAAACAGCUUGUCGACUUCAAGAAGAGGAAGCAGCAUGCGAAGCAAGGUGGAGAGGCGAAUGCAGAAGGAAUCUGGUAAAACUCUAAGAGAGAUCAGGAGAGCAAAAAAAAUAAAGAAGAAGCUUAUGACUGAUGAGGAGAGGCUUCUUUAUAACCUCAAAAGGGCCAAAAAGAAAGUUGCUUUGCUGCUACAAAAGCUCAAGAAAUAUGAGCUACCAGAAUUACCAGCCCCUGUGCACGAUCCCGAGCUAUUUACACCUGAGCAGCUUCAAGCAUAUAAGAAGAUAGGCUUUCGAAAUAAAAAUUAUGUUCCUGUCGGUGUUCGUGGAGUAUUUGGAGGAGUUGUCCAAAAUAUGCAUCUCCAUUGGAAGUUCCAUGAGACAGUACAAGUUUGUUGUGAUAACUUUCCCAAAGAAAAGAUCAAGGAAAUGGCCACCAUGCUUGCUAGACUGAGUGGUGGCAUUGUGAUUAACGUACAUAAUGUGAAAACGAUUAUCAUGUUUCGUGGUAGGAACUAUCGCCAGCCCAAAAACUUGAUACCUUUCAACACCCUUACAAAAAGGAAGGCAUUGUUCAAGGCCAGGUUUGAACAAGCUCUUGAAUCUCAGAAGUUAAACAUAAAGAAGAUAGAGCAGCAGCUCCGACGAAUGGGUGUAAACCCUGAGGAUCCAGUUGCCAUGGCCAGCAUACAAAGAGUUGCUUCAACAUUCUUCAAUGCAAUUGACCAGAAGGAAGGAAGCCCUUAUGUUUUCCAAGGAGACAAAGAGUUAGUUGGGGAACCCAAAAGGAAUAUAGAACAUUCAGAACCUCCUGAUGAUAGUGACCAGGAGGAACUAGACAAAUUUAUAGCUGAAAUAGAGGAUGCGGCAGAUGAAGAAUGGGCUGAAGAGGAAGCUGCAGAGAAUGAAGAGACUGGUAAAAUCAGGUAUUGGAACAGGGAAGAAUUUGGGGGAAGGUUCAGAAGAUCUGAGAACCUUAGAAAUGGCAACCAAGAUGAUACCAGAGGUUGGAAGGAUAAACAUGGUAAGAGAAGAUUUACUGGUAGUGAUGAUGAAGACAAUAGCAAUUCGGAGGUUGAUGAUGAAUGGGGUUCCAAUAAUGAUCAAGAGAUGAGUGAUGCUGAUGAAGCUUGUAAAGGGCCUAGACAAGAAAGAGGGAAACGGGAGAAGGUUGUCACUGCUAUCAAUAAUAAAGUUUCGAAGAGAAAUGCUGAAGCUAAUUUUAAUAGAAAAUUGGUGGAAGAAGAUUCUGAGUCAGAAAACAUGUUUAGUGAUCUUGAAAAUGCAAUGUGGCAAUCUGACUCUGAGGAAGAGCUUGAUAUGAGAGCAUCUAGAGCAGAUGCAAGCCCUAAUUAUAUAAGUGACAGCAAUGAAGAGGAUGGGAGAGCAGAGGAUGUUCGCAAGACUCAUAACGAUACUCAUUUCAAAAGAAAUUCUGAAGCCAACUUUAGAAGAAACAUGGCCGACAAAGAUUCUGGUUCUGAAGAUUUAUCAAGUGAAUCUGAAGUUGAAAUGCUUGAAUCAGACUUGGAUCAAGAUUCAGUAGCUUCAGUGGGUGGGAGAUAUAAUUAUAUUAGUGCUGGCGAAGAAUAUUAUCACCAGCCAAAAGAUGAGAGUAGUGAAGUGAUUCAUAGGCCAAAGAAGUCACCAAAACAGAUAGAUGAAACCUGGGACAGUGAUUAAGUCUGCAAUACAAUGCAUGUCAUUCUUGUAUCAGCAGACUGACUAGCAGAGAGCAAAGAAAGCUUUUAUUUGUCUAUUCAUUUUGUGAUCACAAAUAGCAUCAAUUUAAGGUUAUGUUUAUCGUGAUUUAUUGCAUGUAACAUUGCUCAUUUUAAACGCGAACAUGAAAGAUUCAGAACAGCAUAAUCUGAGGAUGUUUUUGAGCAUUCAA